UUUUUUUUUUUUUUUUAAUUAAAUGGGCAGUAGGACACCUUUUCAAAAAGACUCUCCCUGUGGCAUUCAGAAUCACCCUUAGAAACCUGAAAUCCCGGGCUCUCUCCAAGAUGGACCUCAGUGCUGCAGAUCACCGCAUACCUCUAAGUGAUGGAAACAGCAUCCCUGUCAUCGGGCUGGGUACCUACUCAGAACCUAAAAUGACCUCUAAGGGGGACUGUUUGACAGCAGUGAAGAUGGCCAUUGAUAUAGGGUACCGGCACUUUGAUGGGGCCUUCAUCUACAAGAAUGAGCAUGAAGUGGGGGAGGCGAUCAGGGAGAAGAUAGCAGAAGGAAAGGUGCACAGAGAGGAUAUUUUCUACUGCGGAAAGCUGUGGGCUACAAAGCUUGAACCGGAGUUUGUCCGCCCAACCCUGGAGAAGACGCUCCAGGUCCUCCAGCUGGAUUACGUCGAUCUUUAUGUCAUUGAAGUACCCAUGGCUUUUAAGGCUUUGGAAGCUUGCAAGGAUGCUGGCUUGGUGAAAUCUCUCGGCGUGUCCAAUUUUAACCGCAGGCAGCUGGAAUUAAUCCUGAACAAACCAGGACUCAAACAUAAGCCAGUCAGCAACCAGGUUGAGUGCCAUCCAUAUUUCACACAGCCAAAACUCCUGAAAUUUUGCCAACAGCAUGACAUUGUCCUUAUUGCAUAUAGCCCUUUGGGGACCUCUAGGAAUCCGAUCUGGGUGAAUAUAUCUUCCCCACCCUUGUUAAAGGAUGUGCUUCUGAACUCCCUGGGGAAGAAGUACAAUAAGACAGCAGCUCAAGUUGCUCUGCGUUUCAACAUCCAACGAGGAGUGGUUGUUAUUCCUAAAAGCUUUCACCCUGAAAGGAUCAAAGAAAACUUUCAGAUCUUUGACUUUUCUCUCACUGAAGAAGAUAUGAACAAGAUUGCAGCCCUGAAUAAAAAUGUCCGCUUCGUGGAACUGCUCAUGUGAGUUCUGGGGAUCAUUAAUCACGUACUGCCCAGUGGUGUGGGAUUGUCAGUCGUCAACCAACAGGGCUCUUAUGAACCUGGACCUCUGUCCCCA